GCAUGGACAAUGGACCCAGACAGCAGCUUUACCCACAAGAGGUUUGAUACUAGCAUAACAUUACCAGACAGAGGAUGGAAUUAUUACAGAAAAAAACCCAUGUUUCUCACAUAUGGACUAAUGGCUCUUUCAUACAUAUUGAUCCUGGCUCUUUUCAUAAUUGUUCUAUCUAAGUCGUCAAGUGGUGGGCCUAAGGUGAAUACAAAUAUCCAGGCUGAAAUCAGUGCCUUAAAGAAAAAUAUCUCAGAUCUUACAUCAAAAUGUAACACAUUGGAACAGACUUCCGCAAAGGCAUCCUGUGAGAAGAACUGGAUACAAUUUGAAGGCAGCUGUUACUAUAUCCAUUCAAGAAAAUCUAACUGGAUGAACGCAAGAUCUGUGUGCAAAACAAAGGGAAGUGAUCUGGUUGUAAUAACCAGUGAAGAGGAACAGCAUUUCCUGAUGAUAAAUACAAAUGGCAAAGACCAACGUUUUUGGAUCGGGCUGCAUGACAUGGAUGAUGAAGGCACGUGGACAUGGGUGGAUGGAACCGACUAUGAAAAGUCAUACAAGUUCUGGAAGAAAGGGGAACCAAAUGAUUAUGAUUCGAACGAAGACUGUGCUCACUUAUGGAGAAAUGGAGAGUGGAAUGAUGUGCACUGUACCUAUAACGAUUGUUAUGCAAUUUGUGAAAAGAAACUUGGCUGAUAAUUUGGUUUACCAUCAACCAGCUCAUUUUAUACAUAUCACAUCGAAAACAAAUAUACGUCUAAAGGUUGCAAUAUUUUGAGGUGUAUCAAUUCCUAUGUUAUUAUAAGUAUAUAAGUGAUUGGUUUCAUGAAUAAACUGCAGAUGAGAAAUGUG